CCCUGACUGCCAGCCGUGCGAGGAGUUCAAGAUCCGUGGAAUGAUAAUAAUAGCCCCGCCGUCUAAAGUGGGCCCGAAAAUCCUUUGAUUUCUCCCCAGGAAAGUGUCUCGAGUGUGAAGUGCCAAGUUAAGAAGAUAAAGUGGAGAAACCCAAUAGCCAAAGAGCCAAAAAGUAUACAACAAAAUAAUAAAAAUACAAAGCAAACGAAAGUGUUCAGCAACAAACAUUCCUCGCCCCGGUCACUGGAUCAGGAUAUAUAUAUAUUUAUAUAUACAUAAACAUAUAGCAUAAGCACCGGGAUUCGGACUCGAAUUCUCCAAGGAUAAGGAGCCACAAAAGCAAUGCAGCCCUAACGCAGAGCAAGAAUCUCGUCUUCGUCGCCAAGCUGAAGCAAUUAACUGAAAAUGUAGCAGGGAAAGAACAUGGCCCAACUGGAACAGCAAAUGCCAUGCGAUGCAACUAGCAUAAACAAACUCAGAAGACUCCGUGAUUAGGACGUGUUGUACCCUAACGCUCUAAAUGCAGACGAUAUGGGCACAACAUGGCCUCAGCACAGAUACGACAUUUCUAUAACACACCAACAACAAUUUCUUCAACGACAACAACACGACAACCUUUACAACAGCAACAACAACAACAACAACAGCAGCACACGAACAACUGCAACAGCAAACGGAGGCAAUUUCAAAGCGAUACGUUUCUGUGCCACACACAAACACAAAGCGAAUCGGAGGCAACAGCAGCAACAGCAGCAACAUUAUGCCAGUCAGCACUUGCGGCAGCAGCAACACCAGGAGCAGCAGCAACAGCAGCAACAGGAGCAACAUCAGCAACAGGAGCAGCAGCAACAGCAACAGAUGAUGUACCAACCAGCGAAUCCUGGACCACAGAUGAGAUCUCUGCCAGCAACAGAAACACCCAGCACAGGAUGCGAUAUCCUUUGGCCGGCAGUGCUGCAACCUGCGAUGUUGCUGUUGCUGUUCAACCUGCUGCUGCCCCGCAGCAACACCAGCAAUGCCUGGCCAAUCCUGCUGCUUCUUUGGCCACUUCUACAGGGACUUCGGAGCAGGAUCGCCUCGCCACGAGCACUUGCCUAUCACGCCUAUCUUCCAAAGUCAGUCAGGACUCUACGAAACCACAACGAAAGCCCCUUCAACACGGCUCUUCAACUUCGACGACUCCGGCAGUCGGCAUCCUCACGGAUGUGCAAAAGUUUGCACGCUCUAUAUUUCCGCUGGUUAUCAUCUUUAAUCUGCUGCCUUUAUUCUAUGCAGAGUGUGAUCAGACAUUCGUGUCGCGGAUCGGUGGACCCCAGAAUGGCAGCUUUUCGGCCCCGCUGCUGCACAACCAUCGCAAUCACUCGCGCCAAUGCCUCUACACCUUCCUAGCAGGACCUGGACAGCGUGUCGAAGUAGUUUUUAAAUCGUUUAAUUUAAGAGGAAGUCCACCAGACGGUUCGGCCGUCGGUGAAUUACCAAGUUGUGUUCAUGAGUACAUGGAUAUCUACUCGGAGGUGCAGUCGUCGGAGCCAGCGGAACUGAUCAAUUCGCCAUUCGGGGGCCGCUACUGCGGCACCAUUCCGCCGCGUCGUCGCAUUUCCAUGUACCGGGCAGUUGCGAUUUCUUUUUUUAGCAACAAGAACGUGACCACGGACCUGUUCGAGGGCACGUUUAGGUUUAUAAAUGCAUCGGAAUAUGAAAUUGGCAUACCCAUUGCGGGAUCGCCAUGUUCCUACACGAUAACGCCCAGCAUGAGCGUCAACAAAACUGGUGCGCUCAUAUCGCCAACCUAUCCAGGUGCCUAUCCGAAGGAUAUGUCAUGCACAUAUCAGUUUCUUGGUGAAUCGAAUCAGAGGGUUAGAUUAGAGUUUCGUGAUUUUGAUCUAUUUUUUGGUGGACCACACUGCCCAUUUGACUUCGUGAAAGUGUACGAUGGUCCAGAUAAUUCGUCAGCAUUAAUCGGUACAUAUUGCGGGCAGCAAAGAAACUUAGUUUUGUAUUCGAGCGAGUCGAGCCUUUUUGUUCAUUUUUAUACGUUAUCGCGCACCGCAAAUACCCAAAAUCGUGGCUUUAAAGGAAUUUAUGAAUUUAGCGAGAGUUUUGUUAAAUUAGAUUUUAUACGUGAAAAUGAUGGCAUUCACAUACGUGGCUCAGAAUGUGAUCAAAAGAUUUUAUCGAAGAAGGAAUCCACUGGCUUUGUGCUCUCACCCAACUAUCCCUAUCCCUAUAUACCAAAAACUGUGUGUAGAUAUUUCAUCUAUGGCAUGCAGGAUGCCCAGCAUCUGGAGCGUGUACGACUCGAGUUUAACGCUUUCAAUAUACCCAAGGUGGAGCACAAGGACAAGGGCGAGUCCAACUGCACGGACGGCUAUCUAAAGAUCUAUCUGAAGGGCCAGGAGACGGCCGAUGCCUACGACAAGUUCGACUACGAGCUGUGCGGCAACGAGACGCAACGGGUGAUUAGCGAGGGGCCCCGACUGGCCAUGGUCUUUAGCUCGGGGGAGUUGCAGGGUCGUGGCUUUAAGGGCAAGUACACCUUCGAGACGGAGUACAAAAUUCCGGGAACAGCGGCUCCGGACGGAACCUGCAGCUUCACCUAUGUGAGCAGCUCAAAGAAGCGCGGAGAACUGAACAGUCCGUACCCCUCCAAUUAUCCGUCGGAUACGAACUGCUCGUACCUCUUUUUGGCCGAGGCCGAUGAGCAGGUGACCAUUGUGUUCGACCACUUCAAGAUCAAGGCGGACAACAAUGCGAAUGCCACAGCGGGAGCUUAUGGCUCUGGCGCCUGCUUCGAGGACUGGCUGGAGAUGUACGUCGUCUACAGGGACAACAACGACCGCCUGCUGGGCCGCUACUGCGGUCAGACAGCCCCCGGACCCGUCGAGAGCCCGCGGGGAGCGGUGGGGCUGCGGAUCACCCUGCACACGGACCAGGAGAGCGUGGCCAGCGGCUUCAAGGCCCGCUACUUCUUCGAGUCGGCCAAGUCGGAUGCCGGCGACUGCGGCGGCAACUUCAGCAACCAGGACUCGGGCCUCAUCACCUCGCCCAACUGGCCCGCGGGCUACAAGGCGCCUGGCCGGGGCAUGGCCUCCAACGCCUGCAACUGGGUGAUGAAGGCACGCCCCGGCUACAAGCUGUCCAUUCACUUUGAGCAGUUCGGCCUGGAAGGAGACCCAGCCAAUCGCGGUUGUCCUGCUGCUGUGCUGCGGCUGUGGAUGAAUGUGGACUCCGACCAGCCGCCGAUGGAGCUGUGCGGCGAGAAGCCGCCCGUGGAGCAGUGGCACUACACCUCCACCGGACAGACGGCGCGCAUCAGCUUCACCACCAGCGACAAGACAGUGGGUGCCCAGGGCUUCCGCAUUGUGUGGACCGAGAUCCAGGACUGGCCGGGUCCGCCGUCCGUGGGGCUGCACUGUGAGUCCACGUACCACUUCCAGUGCGGAGCCGGAUACUGCAUCUCCGACAAGCUGCGAUGCGACGGGGUCAAGAACUGCGGACCCGGCGACGAUACUGACGAAUUGCACUGUACCACGGAAGCGGCCGAGGAGGACUACGACGUCCUAAUUAUAAUAACGCUUCUCGUCGUCUCGUCCCUAAUCUGUCUCCUAUGCAUACUCUGUCACUCCAGAAGAAACCGUAGGAACCAUGUCCGUCAAUUGGGCCUACAUCGGAAUGCACAUUACGACUCGCAGACCAGUGCCACGGCGGGUCUCAGCUCCAGUCGCAGGCAUCUGCAGAGUGGUGGCGCCAGCAUCGCGGGCAGUUUGCAUGGGAUCAACAGCGGCAACCUGAUGAUCCCGCCCGCCCCACUGCCGCCCACCAGCGUGCCGCCACCGCCCCACAUCUGCAUCGCCGGCGUGGACAUGGGAAUGGGGAUGGGCAUGGGACACGGGCUGAUGUCCAACGGAGAGGACGACGACGACGAUCUGGAGCUCGACGAGGACCAGCUGGACGCGGACAUUUUCAUCAACGAUGUGCACUUCGAUGAGGACAACAUCGACCAUGUCAACCAAAUGGCGAACGUCUAACGAUGGUUCGGCGCAGUUGUAGGCACUUUUAUCGCGACCUUCAGUUUCGGUUUUAAAACGCAUUUAGAAUAAGGCUAACUAGGUAAUGGCGAACAAAGCAACUUUGCAGAGCAAGAGCAGUAGAUUACACACACUCCCACAGCGCAUACUGACACGCAGACACAGGAUCACACGGAUACAGUAAAACCGGGAGGAGGACAGAAACAGAAAUUCAAAAGUUAACAAUACCUAAAAGACAAGAAAAUAUGCAAAAAUGCGAAUUGAUUAAGACAUAAAUUUAAUAGCGAGCGAAACGGGAUGGUUAGUAGGCAUUAUAGAUCGAUAAAGAUGGAUAAAGCGCAAGCGAAGCUAAAUAAGUACAGUAGGGCGAGCAUAUUGUAGUUGCGAUAACACGAUUAGCCAGAAGCGUUUCACAUAAGUAAGGAAUGAUGGCGGAGGAAUAAGAAACAAAUAAUAGCUACAUUUAAUAACUAUAUUAUACACAUAGCGAAAUACGUACGAUGGAAUGGAAAAGGACGCACAAAAAGCACAGGGCGAUAGGCGGAGAAACGGAUGUGUAAAAAGCAAGGAGACGCCCUGCAGCGGAAACGGAAACGAAAACGAGCCAGAAAUAGCAGGCGGAAGUGCAAGUACGAAUCAUUUUCAGAGCCACAAGAGACCGCAGACAAGACGAAAAAUAAAAUAAAGUUGUUGAUUUUUAUAUUUGAUACGAGUAAUAUUUAGGUGAAGCAUAAAUUGAAUUAAUUAUACAACCGAAGAAACGAAGAACGUAAGCGUUAAUAAAACAAUACACACAUUCGCAAACCGAUAGAUAAACCGAUAAUGAAUAACGGCAGCAACAUACUAAAGGGCAUAAAACAAUAAUAAUUAACUACCUUUACAUACGCGCAUGACUUUUUAUUUACACAUUUUGUACAAAAAAUCUUCGACCCUUGAGGCUACACAAAUCAAACAUACAACAACAAAAAGGCGAAGAAGAAUAAUGCAUAAAUAAAAGAAUUAGUGACUAUCAAAACUGUAUCUUCCAGCAAAGAAUAAAAGCAAAGAGUUAAAUGACGCUAAAUCGAAAAGUUUAUAUGAGAAUAAAAGAGGAAAUUUAAUAAAUUAGCGGCCCCAAUGAAAAUGGAAAAUGGCGAGAAAUGGAAAGGAAAUAAAUUCAAAGAUUUUUGUCUAUUUAAGCACAUUUUUAUAAACAUUUAAGGCGAACCAGAAUAUUUAUAAAAAUGUAUACGCUAAUGGGAACGAUAAUAAUAAAGUAAAUUAUACAAGAAGCUAAAAACAAGAAUCUAAACACAGAGAAAACCAAUAUUAAGUUGAUUUUUCGUUGUGUCAAAUGCAUUUGGCAAUCUUUUUAUCAAAUAUGAUUUAAGUUAUUUUAUAAUCUUAUGCAUACAAUGCAAAUCUAUUGCGAGUUGUAAGAUGAUUUUGGUUCAUAUCAGUUUCCUCCGUUUUGGAGCUAAAUGAUAAAUUCCCUAACAUUUCGUAAAAUAAAUAAUAAUUAUUGGUUUCAUAGCGCACGUACGUUUUGCAAAAGAAAAUUGAGAAAAUUAAAGAAUAUGGCUUAAAUCAGCGAUGGAAACAUAAACCCGUUUAACGUAAAACCCAUUUAUAUAAUAAACGUAUGUAGGUGUUACAAAAAUGCUACAUUAACUAAAUAAAAAAUGAUAAAAAAGCAAAAGUAAAUACAAUUACAUUGAUGAAGUAAAACGUUGUUAAAUUGUUGCAUAAAAAGCAUAAUGAGCAAGUACUCCUAGGAAUUAAUUCUUAAAAAUAAACUUUAGUUUAAGUGUACAAAUUUUGUUGUUGUAUUACAUUAAAGCCGAGAAGAAAACCCAGAAGCAAAGAAUUCAAUUAGUUAAUAAAAACUCUAAAUUUGUGUUCUAGCAAUAAAAAUUAAACAUAAAUUUAAAGAAAA